AUGUCUGAAAAAGUUAUUGAACCUUUAAUUGAGGAUAGAAUUUACAUUGGUAAUGUUGAUUUUAAAGCGACUGAAGAUGAAUUAAAAGAAUUAUUUAAAGAAUUAAAAGUGUAUGUAUUAAAUUAAUUAUAAAUUAGUUCGUUAUUAACUUUAUUUUUAGUACCGAUGUUGAAAUUCCAUUUAAAGAAAGUACUCGCGGUGAUACUACUUAUAAAAGACAUUUAGGUUUUGCUUUUGUUCAAUUUGAAUCAAAAGAUGAUGCUGAUAAAGCUUUAUCUGAAUUUAAUGGUAAAAAAUUUCAACGUAGAAAUAUUUUUAUUAAAAAAGCUGUACCACCACCAACCGAAGAAGAAAAAAAAGAAAGAAUUGAAGCUUAUAAAGCUAAAAAGGAUAAAAUUGAACAAGAAAAGAAAUUAAAAAUUGAGCAAAAAAAGAAGAAACAAGAAGCAAAAGCAAAUGGUGAAUCAACUCAACCAGAAGGUACUCCAUCAAAAGAUACCAUAUUUAUUACAAAUUUAGAUUAUAAAGUUAAUGUUAAAACUUUAAAUUCAAUUUUUAAAGAUUUAAAACCAAAAUGGAUUCAUGUACCUUCAAGAAAACCUUAUAAAUCUGCUGGUAAGUUUAGAAAACCAUUUAAUAAAGGUAUUGCAUUUGUUAAAUUUUCAAAUGAAGAAACUCAAAAGAAAGCAGUUGAAGAAUUUAAUGGUAAAGAAAUUAAUGGUAGAGAAAUUAUUGUUGACGUUGCAAUUGAUUCAAGAAUUCCAAAAGGAGAAGAAGAUGAGGAAUGA